UACUCUCCUCAACCCGCUUCCUUCUCCCUUUGCCGCAUUUCCUCUCUCUCCCCCGAUCUCCACUCCGUCAGUCUCCUCCUUCUUCAAUGGCGUCCGACUCUUCUCCCCACAACUUCCACAAUGGUGCUUCGUCUCCCGACGAGUCGCUCUCCAGCCCAAUUGCCAACACUCUCUCCUCCCCUGGGGACCGCCGCCGCCGACGCCGUCGCCAGUCGUCCACUCCCUCGGCCUCGGCUUUUGCCACUCCGCCUCACAACCAGUCGCGCCACGCCACUUCCUCGGAGGCCUCCCCAACGCCCUCCCGCUCCCACCGUCGUGCUGCGGCUACCCCCUCCUCCACGGACGGCGACGCGCCAGCGUCAUCGGAGUACGGCGGCGAUGAUGCUGCUGAGCAGAUGUUCGUGUGGGGCACCAACAUCAGCGUCCAGGACGUCAACGCUGCGAUUCUUAGGUUUCUUAAGAAUUUCAGGGAGCAGCCCACAGAGCCCGAUUCCAUUGAAGAAGGGAAGUAUAUGAAGGAGUUGGACAGGGUCUUGGAGAUGGUGAGGGAGUGGAUUGAUGUCGAUGCGAUGGAUAUCUUUAGCUAUGAUCCGGACCUGUACAAUAAGAUGGUUCGGUAUCCGCUUGAGGUUCUGGCGAUCUUCGAGAUUGUUCUGAUGGAUAUAGCUAGCAGCAGGGACCCAUACUUUGAGAAGCAUAUACAAGCGAGAGUUUUUAAUCUCAAAACCUCUACUUCAAUGAGGAAUCUUAACCCCUCAGAUAUCGAGAAGAUGGUGUCGUUGAAAGGAAUGAUCAUCCGGUGUAGUCCAAUAAUUCCUGAGAUAAGGGAAGCUGUCUUCAGAUGUCUAGUCUGUGGAUUUUAUUCUGAUCCAGUUCGCGUGGAAAGAGGAAAAAUUCUCGAACCGACUAGAUGUUUGAAGGAUGAGUGUGCUGCCAAGAAUUCCAUGAGUCUUGUUCAUAAUAGAUGCAGCUUUGCAGAUAAGCAGAUUGUGAGGCUCCAGGAGACACCAGAUGAAAUCCCUGAAGGAGGAACACCACAUACAGUCAGCUUGCUAAUGCAUGACAAGUUGGUAGAUGCUGGAAAACCUGGUGAUAGAGUUGAGGUUACUGGUAUUUACAGGGCAAUGAGUGUCAGAGUUUCACCAAUACACAGAACUGUAAAAUCGUUAUUUAAGACUUACAUUGAUUGUCUCCAUAUUAAGAAGACCAACAAUUCAAGAAUGCUGGCCAAUUCAAUAGAAGAAGAUGCUCCUUUUGAUGAGCAUAUGGUGGAGCAGUUGAAAAAGCUAUCUGAACAACCAGAUAUAUAUGACAGAUUAACAAGAUCCAUGGCACCUAACAUCUGGGAGCUGGAAGAUGUGAAGAAAGGACUCCUUUGCCAGCUUUUUGGAGGAAAUGCGUUGACGUUACCAUCUGGUGCUAGCUUCCGUGGAGACAUCAACAUUCUUCUUGUUGGUGAUCCUGGAACUAGCAAAUCACAACUGCUACAGUACAUACACAAGCUAUCUCCUCGUGGCAUUUACACCAGUGGGAAGGGAAGCUCUGCUGUUGGUUUAACUGCUUAUGUUAGCAAAGAUCCUGAAACAGGGGAAACGGUUCUUGAAAGUGGAGCCUUAGUGUUGAGUGACAAAGGUAUCUGUUGUAUAGACGAGUUUGAUAAAAUGUCAGACAGUGCGAGGAGCAUGUUGCAUGAGGUGAUGGAGCAGCAAACUGUUUCCAUAGCGAAGGCAGGAAUCAUUGCAACCCUUAAUGCUAGGACUUCAGUAUUGGCUUGUGCAAAUCCAAGCGGUUCCCGAUAUAAUCCACGCUUAUCUGUGAUCGACAAUAUUCACCUUCCUCCUACCUUAUUAUCCAGGUUUGAUUUGAUCUACUUAAUUCUCGAUAAGCCCAAUGAGCAGACUGAUAGGCGUCUUGCCAAGCAUAUCGUUGCGCUGCAUUUUGAGAAUCCUGAGAGCGCCCAGCAGGAUGUGCUGGACCUUCAUACUUUGACUUCAUACGUGAGCUAUGCCCGGAAAAAUAUUCAUCCAAAGAUAUCUGAUGAAGCUGCUGAAGAGUUGACUCGGGGAUACGUCGAAAUGAGACGGAGAGGAAACUUCCCUGGCAGCAGUAAGAAGGUGAUAACAGCAACUCCUAGGCAAAUUGAAAGUGUGAUACGUCUUAGUGAAGCUCUUGCUCGGAUUCGGUUCUCAGAAUGGGUUGAAAAGCAUGAUGUAAUGGAAGCAUUUAGGCUUCUGGAAGUUGCAAUGCAACAGUCCGCCACAGACCACUCGACUGGGACCAUUGACAUGGAUCUCAUUACGACUGGGGUUUCGGCGAGCGAAAGGAUGAGAAGGGACAUGAUUGCAUCAGCAACCCGUGCCAUAAUAAUGGAGAAGAUGCAACUGGGCGGGCCCUCUAUGCGCUUGAUGGAGUUGUUGGAUGAGCUUAAAAAGCAGAGUCCAGUGGGUGAAGUUCACCUUACUGAUCUGAGGAAUGCCGUCGCCACUCUUGCUACUGAGGGAUUUGUGUCAGUCCAUGGAGACAGCAUAAAGAGGACAUGAUCAUAUAGUGCAAGAUAAGUGACGGAGCAGUUGAGCAGUAAUAUUCGAGGAACUCAGCAAUCCCACUGGUGAAACAUUACUGGUGUCAUUUUGGGUUAAUUUAGGUUGUUCGUAUGUAGAGUUAUUAUAGUCCGGUAGAGCGCCAGUAUAGUUGUAAUUUAUAACGUAUGCCCCUAUCAGUGGCUUGCAGGAAGAAAGUUCUAGUGCGAGAAGGAAGAUAUGCUCAGUUAAAUCUUUUAUCAAUGUUCAUUACGUUAAAAGCUUCUGACAAUGUUAUGCUCAACUCGGAGUUAGUUUUAGCUCGA